UGCCGCGGCUUCCGGCGCAGCUUGUAGGGUGAUGGCAAAUGACGAGAUCUUCGCAACGGCCGAGGUACAGGAGGUGCAACCUCCUACAGCACAAGAGUUGAGGCUCAUGUUCAAAGCUUUCGCAGAUGCGAAAGAUCGUUGGAAGAUCGAUGGUGCCACCAUGAAGGGGUACUACCUGCACUCUGAGAGUGGAUACUUGUACAUUUGGCAUCAGGCCACUGGAGUUCUGUAUGAACAUCUCCAAUCCACAGGGCAGUGCCAGGCAGUAUGGUCGUCUGCAGUACCACAGCUCAAUGCAGAGAUCUGGACGGUUUUACCGUUGCCACCCACCGACCCAGCGAGCAUGCAGGCGACCAGCGUCAGUGGCGAGUUGCCCAAUAUUGACGUUUUCAUCAACUUGACAGUCGCUCACGAGGCAAACAAGCAGAUUCCGAAAGAUCUUUUGCAGGAUGCCGUAGAGGACUUUUCCAUCCGCUGGGAGUUGAGACCACAGGAAGCCAAGAAGAUUGGGCGGCUACCUCCUGCAGGUCAGUGCUUUGCGUUGCAAAACUUUCGAGGCUCCAAGGAUCAACGAUCUGUGGCGGAGGCCUUAGAGGACUUCAUCAACGAGCUGAAAAGGGAAGAUCCACCUCCCUGGGGCAACAGUGCGUGCACCUUGCGAGUGGAAUCUACUGGUGCCAUCAUUGGCAGGUGUUGUCCCGACCUCGAUGCGCUGUGUCGUGAUGAUCCACUGGAGCGCCUAGCGCAGGCGCAUUGCAAGAUACGGUCUGAGAAGGAUCGAUUUUUUCUAUGCGACAUGGAGACAUCUCAGGAGGGCACCAGCCUGGAUGGCUACGAGGUGAACAGCCAAUGGGUCGGACCGUUGAAGACGGGCAGCCUGAUCGUUUGUGGCCCACUAAGGAUCAAGAUCCAGCUGAGCGAGAUGGCAAAGGACACGCCGCUGGAUGCAAGCAUCAUGAGACAGAUGUCUUUGAAAAGACCCUUUGGCGAAUCUGAUGAUGAGGACGACCCUGAGUCUGAAUGGCGCAGAAAGGUCUUCCAGCGAACAGACGAGGAUGGCAAACUUGAGGUGAGAAGAAGAAAUGAACAGUACAAGGACCGUGCAGAAGAGCGGCGAAAACGUCACAGUGACAGUGGUGCAGCGAUCGAUACAUUGGUCAACAAGUUUGAGAAGAUCGUUGAGGCCGAGCGUGUGGCUGCGGAGGUUGAAGCUCAACGUGUGGAGAUGCCAGCACAGGAAGAUCAGCGGGAGGCCUGCAUGAAUGUGGAUGGUAGCUUUGUUGGCUCGGUGAAUUUGGAGCGUGCUGGCAUCGGCUUUCACAGUUCCAUGAGUGCAGAGCUCAUCCCCAACGUUUUGGACCCAAAGGCCUUGUCCAGACAGGACUCAUCAAAGCUGAAAAUGCAGAUGCGCUUCAAGCAGGCUCACGAAAGCUGAUUUGAAGUGGUUGCUGUCACCUCCGCAAGUCAUGUUUCACCCAGCUUCAAGGUUGCCGAGUGGGCCCCACAUAUUCGUCACUUUGGGCAAGCAACGCUUUGAGCUGAAGAUAGCUGAAGUAUUGGGAAUUGAC